AUGUCAAACGCAAAUUCGAAUGAAUUAAGUAUUCCUAUUGAUCAAGUGCCUUCUGUUAUUUUUCUUUCUAUUCAAGAUUCAUCUACAAGUCCAGCCAUGGAUGAUGCCACUACAAAUGUUGAUGAAUCAAAUCAAAAUAAAGAAAAAGAAGAUGAGGAAAGUCCAUUUUGUCCGAAAAAAAGGAAGCGAACUUCAAAAGUGUGGACUGAGUUCAAGGAAAUUUCACUUUCUGAUGGAACAGUGAAGGCAGAAUCUGAGACAGAAAGUGUGACUUCUGUGCAAAAUUUUAAAUAUGACCAUGCAAAAGUAAGAGAAGUCAUUGCUCAUAUGAUUCUUGUUCAUGAGUUGUCAUUCAGCUUUGUAGAGUAUGAGGUCUUCAAUUUGUUAAUGAGAACCGCAACUCCAUAUUAUCAGAAGGUUAGUCGUGCAACUGCAAGGAAAGAUUGUUUUUCUACGUAUGAAAUUGAGAAGAAGAAAGUGAAAGCAUUAUUGAAGGACACUGACAAGGUUAGUGUAACUAUGGAUUUAUGGAAGUCUGGGCAGCACAUUUCAUACAUGGUUGUUACUGCCCAUUUUGUGGACUCUGAAUGGAAGUUACAAAAACGUACUUUGAAUUUUUGUGAUGUCCCACCACCUCAUACAGGUGUUGUUAUAUGUGAUGUGCUACAAAAAUGCUUAGUUGAAUGGGGCAUCGAAGAUAAGGUAUGGACUAUUAGUGUUGAUAAUGUCAGUUAUAAUGAUGUUGCUGUUAGGAUGUUGAAGGAUAAUCUUGCUUACAAGAAUAGUCUUGCACUUCAUGGUAAAUUAUUUCAUGUGAGAUGUUGUGCACAUAUUUUGAAUUUAUUGGUACAAGAUGGUUUGUCUGAGAUUGCAUAUAUAAUUAAAAAUGUGCGUGAAAGUGUAAAACAUCUUGUUGAUUCUGAGUCUCGCCGUUUAAUUUUUAGUGAAAUUGCAAAGCUAUUGAAAUUACCUUCCAAGAAGCUUCUUUUAGAUUGUGGCACAAGGUGGAAUGCAACUUAUUUCAUGCUAUCAGUUGCUUUGAAGUUUAAAGAUAUCUUUCCUUGA